CAUAUGGAAAAGCGCUUAUUUUGCAGUUAUGAUACUUUAUCGCUGUGACCGGGUUCAGUAUGACAUCCAUUGAUUAUCAUUGAGUAUAGUUUUUCAAUAUAGUUCUUUGACGAUUUUUGAUUGUUUUGUCGUCAAAUUUCGACGAAUGUAAUUGUAAACUUAUGUAGUCAGUUGCUGGACACUCUGGAUAUUCUUCUAUUUAAUCCUAAAUACAUUGGGAAAUUCGAAAGUUUUAUUGACCACUUCUUGCUGAAUAAUGCUCAAACCUUCAGACUCACAGAAUAUUACAUCCUCAUGCGAACUAUUCACACCAUACGGGAUUACACCUGGACUAGUCAAACAAGUCAGAGAGAAAUUUCAAAGCGAAAUUUCAAUGAACGAACUGUCUAGAAAUAUACAGUCUGGAGUCAAGCACCAUUCAGCUACAGCCCGCCUUACGUGUGCUUAUCAAAACCUUCUACACAGAGACAAUGGAAUUCAGAGACACAAUACUUAUCCUAAUAGGAGAAUCCAAUCUACUGGUAGAGUUUCUGACUUGCCUACUCCUACUAGUUUAACAGUUUAUAAAGUAAAUGAACGACCUCGAGCUGAAAGUUUUUUAGACACUCUUAAGCCAAGUAGGGAGAGUUUUGCGUCUCAGGUUAGCGUGGGAGAGGGUGGCAAAAGUACUGCACCAGUUCACCCUAAUGAAUACAGAACACAAACUGCAAUAAGUGGACAUCGAAUUGAGAAUACAAGCAGAUACAACGGUUUACCAUCUAACAUAUCAAGCGUUGAACGAGAUGAAGGUCGUCCAAUAAACCACGAUUUGCUGAAUUCCAACGAAAAUAAAAAUAAACCGAAAGAAUCAAAAGCAUCCUCAUCUACAAAGAACAGCACACGAACGGAUUUUAAGCAACCAGCGAUAUUACCUAAGCCAUCAAAAAAGGGUACCAAGGCAGCAAGCGAUCAAGUCAAUACGUAUAUAAUGCUGAUGAACAUUCCUUUUCUCAAAAAUCAGAAAAUCCUCCUAGUGAAAAAACAAAAAACAGAAGCUUACAAGGUCACAAAAAUACGACUAUUAGGAUAAACACAAGAAACCAUACAAUUGCCGACCCAUUCGCAAGACUCAGCGACAAUUAUCCUAACCAUACAACAAUAAAAUCGAAGAAUGCAUCAAAUAUCAAUUCAGCCUACGAUUCGUGGAGAAAGGAUGGUGAAGGUGAUAAGAAUAAAGUUUCUUCAACGUUUAAAAAGUCUAAUAGACCUUCAGAAAGUAUAGCUCGUAAAAAAAGCACCACAGGUGAUACAACGCAAGCUGUCACGGAACCUGUUCGCAGCAAUUCAGUUUGUCCCUGUUCUUCACACUUUGAUGGAGACCCUUGUCAUACAACCCCAUCGGAAAUCGUAAACGAUUCAAAAACAACCAAACCUAUAUCUACGUCCGUAACGUCAUCAUCUCUAUCCUUUACUUCGCAAUCUUUUCACAAUAUUCAGUCUGAAAGAAACUUUUCACAAGUAAGAAAAAAUCAUCUUCAAAGUGAAAAUAGUAGCUACUCUGGAACAGAAGACAGUUCGUUGUCUCUCGUAAAACCUGAGAAAUCACAUCAAGAUUUGAAUGAUAAGGACGACACAGAGAUAUUUACUGCAGUUAGAGCAGUGCCACAUAGGAGCACAGUGUGUACUGAAAAACAUAAUCCACUCAUGAAUAAAAGUAAAUUUAACUUGCCCGCUGCAACAAAUUUGUACAUCAAAGGUUCGGAAUUGCCUGGGAACAUCUCUUCCAAGAAAGUGAAUACCUUUCCCACAGACAGUAGGGAACCAAUUAAAUCCACGACUGCUGAUAUGGACUUUCCUAAUGUAUCAACAAACGAGCUUGGUGUGACAUCCAAGAACAUAGUAGUUGGUCAAACUCAUACAGAGAACUCAGAGAAAACCUUUCUGGGCGAAAAUAAUUCACAUCAUAAGGCAAAUGAAAAAAUGAGUAAUUUACCUUACCAUAAGCGACAGAUAAACUAUACUAUUUUGGACAGUGUUAUGGGUGAAAUGGAGCAAUUAUUCUCUGGAAAGCAAACAAAUACACAGAGAAAAUUGUCGAGAAUACAUAGCUUUGCCAGAGAAAAGGCUAUGCAAUGCAGAGAAGAAAAGGAAAAUAACGAAAAUAAUUGUGCAAAUGAUAGUAACCUUGAGAAGACCUCAGAAGCAAGUGGUUUAGAUAAUAAGUCUAUAGCUAACGGUUUAGACAACUACAGUAACGUUGAAACUAUUUCUUCCGUUUCUCAGCCCAAGAAUGAAAGACAGUCCGAGAGCUUUCAAGCAGCAUUUCGAGCAGUUGAAAAGCAUCUUAAGCUAUUUUCUGGAACUGAAGAUUCUCAGAGCUUAAAGCCAAGCAAAAUAUCAAAUGGUAUAUCUGAAAAUAUCAUUAAAAAUGGAAAUAACAGUCAACCUGUUUGUCCGGCAACAGAAGAACGUCCAGCAGAUCCAUGCAACAAUUCCAACCAAGAUAACGUAAUCAACAACAUAGGCGUUUUACGUGGAAUGAUUUUCCAGCCAUCCUCAUCAAUUUCGUCUUCACCUGUAGCCGUUUAUAUAAGAAAUAAUAAUUUGGAUUCACUCCCACUAACGAAAGUCAUCAAAAGUAGGGCGAUAACAAAACCUCUUCAAAGGAAAAAUGAAAAUAUAUCCAACUUUCAAGCACACAGAAAUACUGUGUUAUGUAAUCGAAAGUUGAACCAAGAGAAUCCUGGACCGAUUCGUCUCAAUGAUAAACGUAAAAAACAUGUGACAGUUUUAGGUCCAGAGUACAUUACAAUCUAUGAGUUAUCAAACAAACUGGAAAUCAAUACUUCUGAGGUAAGUUUACAUGAGAAUACACGCAUAACUGAAUUUAAUAACAAGUAUCAACACGGAAAGGACAGUUCAACAUCUAGUUUUAAUUCCAGUUCGAAUAUAACAGAUUUUACAGAAGAAAUCGAUAAUAAAGAUGAAAACUUUUUAAAUCAUUUGAUUAAAAACAACGUAAAUAAUAAAGAUGGUUUACAUGUUAGUCCACGUGACAGGUGUGAUUCAAUGAACCUUCACCAAAUAAAUAAUCAACACUCAACAUACAACGAAAACAGAAAAAAACUAAGAGUUCAAUUGGAAGCAAUUUUUGGCAAAGUAACUGGAAAACAUUUAGAUACCAUGUUAAAGAAAGAAAAUAACGACAAAGUAAUUACUAAUUAUAAAAGUUCCAAAAAUAAUGAACAGAAGGGACGACCACAACACUGUGAGAACUAUCUUACUAGUAAUCUUUUAUAUCAUGGGAAGAUAAAUGAUUCCAAGUCAAUGAAAAACCGUAGUUUUGACAAUAAUCAAUCAAACUACAAUCAACGUGAAAACUUAGGAAUGUUUUCUACACAAAUUACCAAAGUUGUUAAUGAACUAAGAGAACUUCUAUGUGGAACCUGGCCGUUGAAAUCCAGUCACAUGUUAGAUGUACAAAAAUUUGUAUGCCAAAAAAGUUUGGAGUAUAAACAAGAACACAAUGAGCUAUCAGCUUAUCAAAAAAGUCGACAAAACCAAAUCUUAUCGUUAAGAGAAAAAAAUGACAAGUUUAGAGAUAGUACAAAAUUGUCCAUACCAUUUGAAAAUUCAGUCGUAAAUUUAAACCGUCCAUUUUCCACAGAACUAGGAAACUCAGAUUUGUCCUCAAUAGUUAGCGCUAGUUCCGAAGACAAUCUAUCUUUCGAGAACAUAAAAAAGUCUGCAGAAAAACAGUUAAAUAGCAUUCUGCAGAAGCGAGGAGAUAUGAAUGACACAAGACCAGUUUCAGCCUCAUCAUGCCUUUAUCCUAAUAAAACCAGUAUUUUAGAACAUCAUCCAACAAAUAAGUUUUUACCAAGUCACGGUUGUGGUUUUUUUCUUAGCAAACCCAGAAACCAAAAUAGGGAUAAAACUGAACCCGAACAUAACGUUGUAAUUGCUUCCUUGAAUACAUCAAACAAUAAACCAAAUGAUUUUAUAUACCAAACUAAUCAUUAUAAUUCGGAUGCGACUUUCGAUUUGAGGGUUCUAGACUCAUAUAAUAAGUUAAACAAAACAUCUAACUAUUUCAAUUCAUAUUUGCCAGAAAUACAGAAUAUUUCAAAACAAAAACGGUUAGUAGAUAUUCCAACUUCUCCCAUUGAUGAGGUUCACAAUACAAAUUAUUCUACGUCUGAAAUCCCUUUUGCUCUACCUAAUCAAGACUUAUUAGAGUUAAAAAAUAAUAAAAUAGAUGGUACAAAAUCAAAACAUAGGAGUCUCAUUGAGUUUCGAAAGUGGAAUCAUUCUAGGAGACUAUCGGACGCUUCAUUCGACAUAGACGUUAAUGGUUUCGCUGAUGGUUACACAAACCACAGAAACCAUAAUAUCAAAUGUGCUGCGAAUAACCUAAAAAGGUACGUUUAUAACGAUCGUUUGUCUUCAUUAUUUGAUUAUAUUUACGUCCCUGGAAAUAAUUCUCAGCUGCAGUUCAAGGAAAAAGAUAGACAAGAGACGUUUAUCGAAUUGAGGCGGUCUAGGACUGCUUCACCUGACGUUUAUUCAAACAAAUUCAGUACCUUAAAUGAAAAUAAUUCUCAAACGAUCUCAAAUGAAUGGAAUCAGAUAUCGAAUUUUACCUUACCGAGAUUUUUCAUAGAAUCAGAUCUAAAAAGUAAUAGAAUAAUCCCUUCUAAUUUCCACAAUGACUAUCUUGAACGGUUUUUCCAUCCAUCUGAAGAAAACCUUAUUUCAAGUAGACUAGAUACUUUGAAUUUAUCAUCAAGAAGAUGUAAUCAAAGAAGGUGGCGAACUAUAAAUCAGAAAUAUUCGAAACGUCAAGAAUCCUAUUCACGGUAAAUCAGUGACAAAUAAUGAUGAUAAAUUAAAAAAACACCAAAAUGCUUUUAAUCAAUUCAAUUCAAUUAAAAUAACUACUUCAACAAAAGAGUCAGUUGUACAAAAUGAUCACGUCAGUGAAGAUCAAAAUAACGAUAUCAAUCAGUUUGUUGAUUGUGAAAAUCGUAGUGAUUCUAGUGUUACUGAUUCUCAACAAUUAAUAUCACAUCCAAGAACGUUAUUCCCUCGUCCCCAAUGGUCGCCAAAUCUUAGCUAUUACAUGUGGUCUUCUAUUCAGAACAAUAAAACAUCUUGUACUCGAUCCUACGAUAUUAUGAACAGAAGCAUUAGUAAUACAGAUGGAAUAAAUACAUAUCGAUUGAUGCCUGCCGGACAAAUUUCUCAAACCACAAGACAUUUCCCUCGUUUAUCAACAGCUGAAAUUCCAUGUGAGCGACCUAAAUCAGCCCCGGUGAAAAAUUGUAGAAAAAAAAUUAAUCUUGAUUGUAAAACUUAUUCUGUUCAUUAUCCUGGUUUAUUGGCUAAUAGAAAUAUGAAUAUAUGUUAAACAAACAAAAAACGAGAGAAUAUCUUCCUUCCUUUGCGACAAACAUCGUUUUCCAGAAUCUAUUGUAUUUAUUUCUAUUUAAUUUAUGUUAAAAACUGUGAUAUUUUGAUUUGGCUAUUUUUCAUUCUAUUUUCAAUUUGAAAUAAAAGUAUUUUACAAGUGUACUGUAAGAUUUAAUUAUGAUUAUCGUCAAUUAUUUUCUUUUUUCUACCAUCAGUAUCCAUCAAGUAAUUAUUUUUGAACGUUUCAAUUUCCCACAUAACUUUAUUUGUCUUUGUACACUUUCAUUUGAUUAUAUUUAUCGAGGGUUUCCAAGAAACAAAAAAAACACUGAAUUUUUAUGUCUUCCAGUUUUGGUGAAGUGAUUCAACAUGUCAUUCAUCAUUUAUAAACAAUUGGUUUUUAUUAUCUACCAAAUAAUAUCGUUAGAAAUUUCUUAUCAAAUGACUACCUCUAUUUUUAUAUACAUGUAUUUAAAGACCAUUUAUUUUCAUCGACGCUUCAUUAAUUUUAAAUGCUGCCUCAUGACAAAACUCAAAUAACAGUUCAACUGUUGAAUACCAGAAAAAAGAGAAAAUGAACGUAUGCUUUUAUGGUUUUAAAUUGUAAGGCGAAUUAAGGACAUACUGUUUAGUAGAUGAAAACCGGUUGAAUUGCAUAACUAUAUGCUCGUUAUCUGUUAUUCAAUUUUCUGUGAUUUAAGGUAAUUCUCGUAAAUCGUUACGAUUAGAUUUUUAAAGACCAACUAAUUUUCAGGACUUAAAAAGAAUGUUAAUAGCAAGUGACCACCCAUGAUUAUUGCCGAAAACCUUAACUAAUUGGAUUUAUGAACACUGAGGUAUUAUAGUUUGUUACUUAAACAGAGACUCGUGAUUGUUUUUUGUAUUAUCUGAAAAGUGAAUGACUUAGAAGAUUAAAAGUCACUUGAGAAUUAUUACAAAACCAUUUUUAACUGAUCAUAAUACUAGGAAAUAGUAGUAAUCAGAUGUCAAAAUAAGAUUGCUAACUGUAGCUCUUCACUUCUGCAAGAAUUCCAAAUAUAAAAUUACAGUGAACUGUUAAUUUUGACUAAUUUUACAUGAUAUUUCAUGCAGCCAGAUCCAUUGACAAAUUUCAAACAGAGCAAGGGCAACAAAAUAUUGCAGAGUCAAAUGAAUCCAUUCUAUUUCACGGUUUCUCAUCAGCCACAUACAACCUUAAAUGACAAUUGUUAAUAUAAUUAUUAAUAAAUGUUUAGCAUACUUUAAUUUGUGAAGUUUAGAUAAAUG